AUGUGCAGUUUCGCACCCGUCAGAGAAGCUACGGACCAACUGACGGCCCAAGAUCUUCGUGCCCAUCUGUUCGACUCGACAGUUCUUCCAGCGCUCUGUUACGCAGCGGAGACCUUCGACUUAAGACGAAUGUCCCAUCUUCGCGAUCCAGCGGAAUAUAUAUCGAAAGCAAAGCAUAGAUGGGCUGGUCAAAUUAUGAGAAGAAUUGACGACAGAUGGAACAAAAGAACGCUAGAGUGGAUCCCAAGAGAUGAUAAACGCCCUCGAAGGAGACCGCCAAUAAGAUGGGGUGACGUGUUCACUACACGGAUGGAACAGCUGAGAGCUCAGCUGGAUACGGCUCAAGGACCUCGUCAACCUCGCUCACGAAACUUGAGAACAUCUUGGAUGACAAUGGCGAGGGAACGAAACGAGUGGAAGAGAUGCUAG